AUGAUAUUGUGGGAUAUUCUUACAGCCGGUCCCGAGGCCACAUCAAUGUUUGAACAGACACUCCUUUAUGGACAACAAGGAGCACAAGAAGCCAUUCAAUUCGAGCAUGACCCCGAGAUUCAUCUGCAGCUGGGAACGUCGGGCUGGUCGGAGUCGAUGCCGGAAGACGAUCUACAGUAUGAAAAGAUGACGCGCGCAUGGCCAAGGCAUUGUUUGGGGCAAAUACCAAGUGCUGAGGCUCUGUCGGCGAGUCUCUCCUCAAAUACGCCUCUAUCCCUCCUCCAUAUUGUCUAUAGUUUUAUAUUGCUAAGCAGUCGUGUCAAUUGUCUCAGCGAUCAUUAUUCUGAGAUUGAUGAUGUCACGAAAAUUCUGGCGUUGAAUCCACGCUAUAAUAAAAACGCCUACCCCACACAGCAUAUAGACCGUCCAACGGAGGUGAAAGUGCAAAUGUAUGUGGAGGGAAUGUCAUCAUUUCGAGCACAAUCUAUGGAUUUCCAAAUCGACAUCUAUUUGCAAGAAAUGUGGAUCGACGAACGAUUACGACAUAAUAAUACGAAGCGGAUAUUGAUCAAGGAUCCCAAGUUAUUUGGCCUUAUCUGGCAUCCCGAUCUGUAUUUCGCGAAUGCUCGUACAGCCUCAUUCCACGAAGUGACCAUGCCCAAUUUCUUGGUAUGGAUCUAUCCGAAUGGGACUGUAUGGUAUGAUGCCCGCGUAUCCGGGGCCAUACUAUGCGCACAGAAUCUUGCCAAAUACCCUCUGGACCGUCAGAUGUGCUAUUUGCGGAUAUUGUCAUAUGCGUACGAUAAUGAGCAACUGGUGAUCUCUUGGAAUGGGGAAGUGCCAAUUGAUGUGAAUAAGAAGAAUCAAAUGCCCGAUAUGAAACUGAUAAAAACGGAAUUUCGAAUACGCAAUGAUACCUAUGCCACUGGGGUAUGGUCGUGUGCAUUGGCGGAAUUCUACGUGGAUCGAGAGAUAAUGCAUCACAUCAUCCAAUCCUAUAUCCCCACCACGCUAAUUGUCAUUAUUUCGUGGUUCUCGUUUUGGUUGGAUGUCGAAGCUGUGCCAGGCCGUGUCUCGCUCUCUAUCACCACUCUCCUCACUCUCGCCACCCAGAGUUCAGCUGCCCGGAUGGCACUUCCACAGGCGUCAUACGUGAAAGCAAUCGAUGUAUGGAUGGGUGCAUGUAUGGCAUUUGUAUUCUCGGCCAUGAUCGAAUUCACUGUCGUAAACUAUUGCACGAGAAGGAAGCCACAUAGAGGGGGAGCAGGAGGAAGAGGAGCUGGACAAGAAGUACGAGGAUUGACACAGCAAAUACAUGAUCUUGUGAGGGAAUAUCGACAGCAGAGGGAGCAACAGGAUAAGCUGCAAUCCUCGGCGGUCUAUGAAUGUUCAUCCCUGGUAAAUGGGGAUGGACAGACACAAUCUGUGCUGAAUAAAAGACAAAUGAGAGGAGGAGAUCCAUCUACAGCCACUGACACCCCUCAACCAUACUUCUUCCAAAGGAAUAUCAUCCCCUCUACAAGGAGGAAAAAGAUUGAAGAAAGAAUCAACCGCGUGGAGGAGAACCGUAAAUAUGCUCAAAUGAUCGACAGAAGAAGUCGCGUCUAUUUCCCGCUGGCAUUUAUUAUAUUUAAUGCAAUCUAUUGGCUAUAUUAUCUGAUGCUGGCCCCCGAUCAUAUUGAUGAUUUGGAAGAG